GUCGACGUCUUGUCAACAAAAUUCACGGUGAGGUCACAACUUAUCGCCUUCCAAUCCAUCUAAUUACGUUAUUAACCUUUAGAAAAUCGCAAGUACCUGGUUCGAUUCUCUAUUCUCCAACCUCUUGAGAAUUCUAGUAGUACUUUACAGCUUACACUCCCAAAUGGCUGCUUCAUACAAGCUAGCCGUGAUCAUAAAAAGCCCUUCAAACGACAACGAGCUCAUCCUCGUAAAGCAGGCCCCACCACCCAAGUUCGAUGAUGAAGAGUACGAUUCCUACGUUGAUUCUCAUCUCUGGGACUUGCCUUCAGCUCAAUUGCUGUUACUUCAAGGUCAACAAUCUAAUUCUCAGUUUCAAAUUCAGGACCUGGAGUCGUGUUCACACAAGAUUGACUUAAAUACUCUCGAUUUUGCUCUUGCUCUCAACCAGGUUUUGGCACAAGUUGGUUUUGGGGAAACAAGUGGGGCGCAAUGGAAGUUUUGGAAGUUGGUUGAGGAACCUGACUUUGGCCCCGGAAUUCCUGUACAUACAGUUUAUAUUACUGGAAAACUAGGACCUGAUGAUGGGAUCUUAAAAGAACAUUGUAAGUGGAUGUCCGACCAGAGUUGCCAAAAGUGCUUUCUUGAUGUAAAGCCUAAAAGUGAUCGCAUAGGGCCUUUGGUUGUUCUUGGUCCUCUCCAAAAUUUAGUGCACUCUGAUAAGUUGAUCAUUCCACCCAACCUGCAUUCUCAGGAGUAUCCUCCCGGGAUUAUAAUUAUUCCGAUGGAAAGUAGAACGGCAAAACCAUAUCGGACUACGAAUUUGGUUGUAUUUGCAUCUGGGGGUAGUCAUGACAGCUGUGGUGAUCACAGUUUUGUUACUCAUGGAGAUGCAUUAAUAAUAGAUCCUGGUUGCCGUUCUGAACUCCAUGAUGAGCUUAGGGAUGUUGUUGCUGCUUUGCCCAGAAAGUUAGUCGUGUUUGUUACUCAUCAUCAUCAUGAUCACGUUGAUGGUCUUUCAGCUGUCCAGAAGAGCAAUCCUGAUGCUUCUCUUUUGGCCCAUGAUGAUACUAUGCGUCGAAUUAGAAAAGAUGGUUUGUCUCUUAGUCAUACCCCAGUUUCUGGAGCUGAAGAAAUUUGCAUUGGUGGCCAACGAUUGAGAGUUAUUUCGGCUCCUGGUCACACAGACGGCCACAUGGCGUUGCUUCAUCUCAAUACUCACUCAUUGAUUGUUGGUGAUCAUUGUGUGGGCCAAGGAAGUGCAGUCUUGGAUAUCAGCUCCGGUGGAAACAUGAAUGAUUACUUCCAUACAACAUAUAGAUUUAUGGAUCUUUCACCACAUACCUUGAUUCCCAUGCACGGGAGGACAAACUUGUGGCCUAAGCACCUCCUAUGUGAAUAUCUCAAGAACCGCAGGAACAGAGAAUCUUCAAUUUUGAAGGCCAUAGAAGAUGGAGCUGAAACAUUGUUUGAUAUAGUAGCAAAUGUAUAUUCCAAUGUUGACCGCAGUCUCUGGUUUCAUGCAGCAUCAAAUGUGAGGCUUCAUGUUGAUCAUCUUGCCUAUCAGGACAAGUUGCCAAAGGGAUAUUCUUUAGAAAAUUUCAAUUGCAGUUGUGAUGCAUUUGCUGGAAACAUUGGUAAAUUAUAAUGAAUAAACCGCUGAAUUAGGAAUUUCCUCUUCAAAAAUAUCAGAAAACUUGUGGGGUGCACUUUCUGUCAAGAUGGCUGUUGGCAUGUGCAAGUAGUCAUUUUGCAAUGAAGUAUAUGCUAGGUAAAGCUAAAUUGCCUUGUGCUGUGGCUUUGGCAGUGGCUGGCUUAGCUGUAAUCUACUCUGCCAGAAUCAAACAUUAGUUCUAUAUAAGAAAAAAGCUGCAAACUGUACUGUAGUCUAUAUACUCCUAAGUCCUGAGGAGAAGGGAAAAUGGGAUGGUAAAGUCAUGUAACUAUAGACUAAUGCUAGAGAUUCUGAUAUACAGUAGCUGUUAAGAAUGUUAUAGGAAAAUGCAUUUAUAUA